CUGCGACUUCCUGGAGUUGCUAAUCGCUAAUGGGCGCCUCCAACUCCGCUUCGCCAUCCACUGCGCCGAACCCGCUGCGUUGCACAUGGAAACACGCGUGAAUGAUGAUCGCUGGCAUAUGGUUCUGCUUACCCGGAAUUUCAAGGAGACUCUUUUGAUGGUUGACGGGGAGACGAAAGUUGCGGAGGUGAAAUCAAAGAGGAAGGAAAUGGCGGUGGUUAGCGAUUUGUUCGUAGGUGGGAUUCCACCUGAUGUACGCCUUUCUGCCCUCACCUCGAGCACGGUGAAGUACGAGCCGCCAUUCCUGGGCCUGAUUUCCAACCUGAAGGUCGGGGAGAUACCGCCUACUUUGCUGAACAGCCAAGGGAUUCAGAGUGACUUGGAAUAUCUUUGCACCAAACAGAACCCAUGCUUUAAUGGAGGAUUUUGCUCUAUUCAGUACGGGGAGGUUCACUGUGACUGCACCCACACACGAUUCAAGGGAAAGUACUGCAAAGAAGUAGUGCAAACUUCUAUUGAAGGGUUAAUCCAUCUAUCUCUCAAUAGAGAGGUAUACUCUCAAGGGGAAGAUGAGUCUGUGGCCACCUUCAAGGGCAACGAGUUCUUCUGCUACGACCUGUCCAUGACGCCCAUCCAGAGCAGCACGGACGAGAUCACGCUCUCCUUCAGGACGUUGCAGAGGAACGGCCUCAUGCUCCACACAGGAAAGUCAGCUGACUACGUCAAUCUGUCCCUUAAGAGUGGUGCCGUUUGGCUCGUCAUCAACCUGGGCUCUGGAGCGUUUGAGGCCCUGGUCGAACCUGUCAAUGGCAAGUUCAACGACAACGCCUGGCAUGAUGUCCGCGUCACCAGAAACCUGCGCCAGGUGACCAUUUCGGUGGAUGGUAUACUGACCACCACCGGGUAUACCCAAGAGGACUACACCAUGCUGGGGUCGGAUGAUUUUUUCUACAUUGGAGGGAGUCCCAACACGGCUGACCUGCCAGGAUCGCCAGUCAGCAACAACUUCAUGGGCUGUCUCAAAGAUGUGGUGUACAAGAACAAUGACUUCAAGCUGGAGCUCUCACGGCUCGCCAUCGAGCGUGAUCCUAAAAUCACCCUGAAUGGGGACUUGGUUUUCCGGUGUGAAGACGUAGCCGCUCUGGACCCUGUCACCUUUGAGACCCCCGAAUCGUACAUCUCCCUCCCUAAAUGGAACACCAAGAAAACCGGAUCCAUCUCCUUCGACUUCCGGACCACCGAACCCAGCGGUCUUCUCUUGUUCAGCCAUGGACGCCCACCUCAGGGUCCGAAAGAGCAGAAGCCCGGGAGAGAGUUGAAGACGGACUAUUUUGCAAUGGAGUUGUUGGAUGGGUACCUUUACCUUCUGAUAGACAUGGGGUCGGGGAAAACCAAGCUCAAGGCCAGCAACAAGAAAGUCAAUGAUGGAGACUGGUGCCACGUGGAUUUUCAGAGGGAAGGAAGGAAAGGCUCUAUCUCGGUCAACAGCCGCAACAUGCCCUUUAGCUCCCCUGAGGGCAGUGAGAUCCUGGACCUGGACAGCGACAUGUACCUUGGGGGUUUGCCCGAAACCAAGUCGGACCUGAUCCUCCCUCCCGAGGUGUGGACCGCCCUACUCAACUAUGGCUAUGUGGGCUGUGUGCGCGACCUCUUCAUUGACGGGAAGAGCCGUGAUGUGCGCCGUCUGGCUGAGAUCCAGAGUGCCAUGGGGGUCAGCAGCUUCUGUACGCGGGAGCUGCAAAAGAGGUGCAGCAGCGCUCCCUGUGGCAAUGGAGGACUGUGCAAGGAGGGCUGGAAUCGCUACAUCUGUGACUGCAUUGGCACAGGCUACUUGGGGACCAACUGUGAGAUAGAGGCCACGGUGUUGAGCUACGAUGGCAGCAUGUACCUGAAGAUUAUCGUGCCAGUGACCAUGCACACGGAGGCGGAGGACGUAGCUCUGCGGUUCAUGUCCCAGCGGGCAUACGGUCUCCUGAUGGCCACCACAUCCAAAGAGUCAGCCGACACACUGAGGCUCGAGUUGGACGGAGGGAGGGUCAAGUUGACAGUCAAUCUGGAUUGUAUCAGGAUAGACUGUAGCCUCAGUAAAGGUCCAGAGACUCUUUUCGCGGGGCAGAAGCUGAACGAUAAUGAGUGGCACACGGUCAAAGUGGUGCGCAGAGGAAAGAAUCUGCAGCUGUCUGUGGAUAAUGUUACUGUGGAGGGUCAGAUGACUGGCGCCCACACGCGACUGGAAUUUCACAACAUCGAGACCGGGAUCAUGACAGAACGCCGCUUCAUAUCCGUGGUCCCCUCCAACUUUAUUGGACACCUCCAAGGCCUGUCCUUCAAUGGCGUUCCCUACCUGGACCAGUGUAAGAACGGAGACAUCUCCUACUGCGAGCUCAAUGCGCGCUUCGGAAUGCGCCACAUCAUUGCAGACCCGGUAACAUUCCGAACCAAAGGGAGUUACCUGGCUCUAGCGACGCUCCAAGCCUAUGCCUCCAUGCACCUCUUCUUCCAAUUCAAGACCACCACGCCAGAUGGACUCAUGCUCUUCAAUUCCGGGGAUGGGAGCGACUUCAUUGUGGUGGAGCUCGUCAAAGGUUACGUCCACUAUGUCUUUGACCUGGGUAAUGGUCCAUCUCUGAUGAAGGGCAACUCAGACAAGCCUCUGAACGACAACCAGUGGCACAACGUGGUGGUGUCCCGGGAUGCUAAUAAUGUGCACACUCUAAAGAUCGACUCGCGCACCGUCACACAGCACUCCAACGGGGCACGCAACCUGGACCUCAAAGGAGAGCUGUACAUCGGUGGCGUGAACAGGAACAUGUACAGUAAUCUGCCCAAGCUGAUCGCGUCCCGGGACGGGUACCAGGGCUGCCUGGCCUCUGUGGACCUUAAUGGGAGACUGCCCGACCUGAUUGCGGAUGCCCUCCACCGGGUGGGCCAGGUGGAACGAGGCUGCGAUGGACCAAGUACCACCUGUACGGAGGAGUCCUGCUACCAUCAGGGGGUGUGUCUCCAACAGUGGGAGGGCUUCACCUGCGACUGCACCAUGACGUCCUAUGGGGGAUCCUUCUGCAACGACCCUGGGACGACGUACAUCUUCGGGCGCGGCGGAGCCCUCAUCACUUACACCUGGCCCCCUAACGACCGGCCGAGCACGCGGGCAGACCGGCUGGCCGUGGGCUUCAGCACACAGCUCAAAGAAGCAGUGCUGGUCAGGGUGGAGAGUGCCAAGGGACUGGGCGACUAUCUGGAGCUGCACAUAGAGCGGGGAAAGAUCGGCGUGAUCUUCAACGUUGGAACAGAUGACAUAGCCAUUGAGGAGAGCGCGGUGAUGGUGAGCGAUGGCAAAUACCAUGUGGUGCGGUUUACACGCAGUGGUGGCAACGCAACACUACAGGUGGACAACCAGCCUGUCAUAGAACGCUUCCCAUCAGGGAACUUUGAUAAUGAUCGCCUGGCUAUUGCUAGACAAAGAAUCCCAUACCGUCUCGGUCGGGUAGUUGACGAAUGGCUACUCGACAAAGGCCGUCAGCUGACCAUCUUCAACAGCCAGGCGUUCAUCAAAAUCGGUGGCGGUGGCGGUGGAGGGGAGAAGGGCCGUCACUUCCAGGGCCAGAUCUCAGGCUUGUACUACAACGGCCUGCAGGUCCUCAAGCUGGCAGCAGAGGGCGACCCCAACGUCCAGACCCAGGGCAACCUACGCCUUGUGGGGGACGUGCCUACGGUGCUGACCACGGACACCACCUCCACCACUCCGCUAGCUGACAUGUCCACCACCAUCAUGGAGACCACCACCACCAUGGCAACCACCACCACCCGCAAGCAGCGUUCGUCGCCCACCAUGAGGGACAGCGUCACACAGAAUGCAGAUGACUUGCUUGUAGCAUCAGCUGAAUGUCCCAGUGAUGAUGAGGAUUUGGAGGAGUGUGAGCCUGGAAAUGGAGGUGAAUUAGUGUUGCCCAUAAUAACCGUGGACUCCCUAGACCCCCCCUCCAUCGCCACUCGCUACCCAGUUAUCCCCCCGCCCCCCACCACCUACCGCCCUUUCCUCACGCUACUCGAAACCACCAAAGAGUCCCUCCCCUUACCCAAUGGUCGGCCUCCUUGCCCCAUGGACCAGGAGGACUGCGAGGAACCCAUGGAGGUCUCGGCGUAUGGCUCGGGGGAGAUGACCGAGUCGGAUGACGAAGAUUAUUACAAAAACGCCAUGGUCACUGACAGGACGGUCCUCCCCCCACCACCUGCCGCUGAGGGGGGCGUGGUCAUGCAGAACCCUCGCGAUCGCCACUUCUCCCAUCUGCCCAAUUCCAAAAUCCCACCCCAGCCAUCUACCCCGACCGCCCCACCCGACCAGCUAAGCCCACGUCUUAAACCCAGCAACAAUAACAUACCCGCGGGUAAAAUGAACACCCGCGAUCAGGUUUUGUUACCCCCGACACACCCUUCAUCCGAUCCCGGGAAUCGUAGAAUCCCAGGAAUCACUCACCUCCCGAAUUUCCCCCAUGUGCCCACUCCAGAUCCAACAUCUCCGGAAAGAGGCCUGCCAGGAGCCGUGGAGGUUCAGCAGUCAAGCAGCACGACGGGUAUGGUGGUCGGGAUCGUAGCAGCUGCCGCAUUGUGCAUCCUCAUCUUGCUCUAUGCCAUGUACAAGUAUCGCAACCGGGAUGAGGGCUCCUACCAGGUGGACCAGAGUCGCAACUAUAUCAGCAAUUCAGCCACGCAGAGCAAUGGGACGCUGGUCAAGGAGAAACAGCCCAGCACUGCCAAAGCGGUCACUAAGAACAAGAAGAAUAAGGAUAAGGAGUACUACGUGUGAGAAGGAAGCAUAGCAGAUGCAACUGGGGAGGGGAGGAGAAGAGAGAGAGACAUUCAGACCAUUUCAGAGAUCAGUAUUGCCAGUAUCGUAAUUCAACCGGAGAUCCAAUCAAUAUUUGUAGGCAAGAAAUGUCAAAUCUGCAAGGAAAAUUUUGAAUUGUGGAAUUCAUUAGGAACUUUAUUUUAGUAAGAUUUUAUAGUAAAAUUGGGUUGACUGAUACAUUUUCUCACUUAGCUAUAGAAAAUGGGUGUUCAUAACUUGUGAAUCACAGACACAUUUUUAGCAUGUUUUUACAGUGUUGCAAUGACAAGUAUUAGAUUAAUAACAAUUAAAUUAAAAAGCACCUUAAAUUCAGAGCUUGGCCAUCCGAAUUUAACUUUUUUCAAGCUAUUUAGCAGAACCAAUUUUAACCUUUUACAUUCAUAAUUACAUGUUGUUUGUGAUCAAUGGUGCAUAUAGAACUGUACUGAUUUGUCAUUUUUUAUGCAUAUGCUAGGGCUGCACGAUUUUGGUUAAAAAAAUAAAAUAAAAUAGCAAUUUUCCUGAUAAGUAUCGUGAUUAUGUUUAGAUUAUCUUUAAAAAGUUGGAUUCUGUUCAGAAUGCACAUUCUAAACUCCAGGAGCAUUCACAUUUGAAAGACUGAAAUCUAAACUGAUAAACUAACUCUAGAAUCCCAUGAUUUUCAGAACAUGUUUGCAGAUGUCUAAACUACCAGUAGAUUACUAGAUUUGCAGAAAUCAUUCUAUUAUUGUAAUAAUAAUUUCAGCCAUUGCAAUUUGAUAAUUUUUCCCCAACUCAAAAUUGUAAUUUCAGUUCAAUUGUGCAGCUCUAGCAUGUUCCACCCUUAGUUAAAAUUGAGCUGAAAAAUAUUACAAUGAUUAUAUCCAAACCAUGCUGUGCCAACAACUCUAAAUACUGUAUGUAGAAAGUCAUUAGUGACUCAAGUACUAUAAGGCACCAUUGUCAGUAUUCUAAAAUGAAAAACAUGUGUGUAGGUGAGUUACCAGCUUGACGCCUUUGUGAAAAAUCGAUAUACUGCCAAUCUCCAGAUACACUCCUUACUUGCAUCUCCGUUUCUCCUCACCUUGUACUCUCCUCCUCUCAUCUCCAGUGCUCUGCUGCAACCCAAGAACUCUACCACGUUUCAAGCAUGUAGUAUUCAUUUACGGGAAAACUUAAAUUCUUUUCUUUCUGUGGAGUUUUUCGGGGAAAAAUUAGGACGAUUGAUCAUAACAACCUUAAACGUAGCAACUUAAGUGACACAACAAACUCCGGUACCGUGGAUGCUAACGUUAGCCGCCAAAAAAACUAAGGCCAAAAUAUCGACCCCUCUCUCUCUCUUCGUUCCAGCAAGAUAUGUGUCAUGUGAUUCUGGGGCUCCAAUGGGGAUUGUCUUAAAAGUACUACUAAUCCACCUGACAAACAUACAAAACCUCCAGCAGACUUGUUCUAUAUAAGUAUAAAUAUAUGUAUAGACGUUACAGAAAUCUAUGGACCUAUAAUUCUGAGCGUGGAGUCGAACGUUCACAAAAAUGAGUGAGCAGAAAAGACGGAUUUUAGAAUUUCCUUUCCGAACAUUUACAGUAAUUCCUCAUAACUUCCCAGAGCCGUGUCAUAAACAUUGCGGUACAGAAAAAAAUACCGCGAAGAGAUCCCAUGUCGGUUUGCUCUUUUUUUAAUCUUCAGGUGAGGACAUUUUGCGUGAGAAUUGUCAAAAAUGGCCCUUGCUUUGGAGUUCUAUGGAAUGAAUUGCCUGUACGGACUUUACAAAAAGCGUUCAAUGGGCAGUGACAGAAGAGCACACGACGUGAACAGCAAGCGAACUCUAGUAAUCUGAAUUUUCUCAACUCUAAUAAAAAAGUACCAUGAAAAGAAGAAAAAUUCCGAAAAAAGUUUGUGAAAUGUCUAAAUAUUUGACUCUCACCCCAUUACUAAGAGAAAUGUGUUUUCCCUUUGCUCAUUCCUGUCGAGGAGAAAAAAUGA